AUGAUUGCUGCCCCGCAUGCGGCGGAGUUUGUCACCGUCUCGCUGACCGUCGGCCCCGCGUCGGGCGUGCUCAAGGACGCGCCCCAGGAGCAGUGGAGGGCCAAGGACGUGGCCCUCACGGUUCUCAUUGACCGGUCGACCGCGCGGAAGACGACGGGGCAGCGCACCGCGCUGAAUGACGUGGAGCAGUCGCGGGUGGAGGAGCGCGGCGGGCAGAAGUACUACGUGUAUGAGCACAGGGCACAGGGCUCUGCCACCUCGUUCGACCGCAGCCCAGAGACCUUCCGGCACGCAGUGGCCGCGACCACCGUGCGGCCCGGCCUGGACGGCACCCCAUACCUCUACACCCUCAACCUCUCGUGCCCUGAGGGCCUCUGGGAGGACCUGUCCCCGCGGUUCCUGGACUCGAUCGAGUCCUUCCGCCUGCUGCCCACCACCAAUGCGUACAUCCCGCCGGACAAGGACCCCUGGCUGUUCUUCUGA